GUACCAAGAGGGGCAGGCAUUUUUCUUUCGUGUAAAGUACGAGAAAUUCGCGGCAGUCAUUUGAUCGUGCAGCUGACGUGUGUGUACUUCUAAUGGACUUCGAUGCAGGAUUGAAAACAGCCAUAGGAUGGAAUCGUUGGAAUAUGGAACUAAUUGGCAUCUGGCCGGAACCGGGAAGAACUGACGAACGAUUGUCACAUUUCAAGGCUCUAAUUUAUUUGUCCAUAAUAACUAUAUUUGGAACUGGACCGCAGAGUGCGAACCUAUUUUUCAUAUGGGGGAAUCUUGAGUUGGUGACAGAAAAUCUGUCAACAGCUAAUAUCCCUGGUAUAAACGCUAUGAUAAAGCUGAUCUUUGCUUGGUACUACAAAGACUCUUUCAAACCUAUCAUGAAGUCUUUCUACGAUGACUGGCGCAGUGCGAAGACGGAAGAAGAAAAGACAGCGAUGCUGAAGAUGGCUAAACCUGCGAACUUUAUUUCCGUCUGGUGUUCAAUAUUAACUCUCACAAUGGUCACUGCAUAUUUAAGCCUUCGAUCUAUUAGCGUCUAUCUUUCUGAUAGAUUACAUGAAAACCGGGAUCAUUUGAGCUUGUAUCCUGGAUAUUUUCCCUAUAACAUUCGACCAGUACCGAUAUUGUUAAUGACCAAUUUUGCUCAAGUAAUUGCGGGAUAUUCAGCUACUAUUUGCUAUACCACUGUCGACACUUUUAUCGCUAUGUUAGUCCUGCAUAUAUGUGGACAAUUUGAAAUUUUAAGGAAGAAAUUAACAAGAUUAUUGGACGGCGAGGAAGGAAAUAGAAGCAUAGAUGAGUUUCGAAAGGAGUUGGUUUGGAUUAUUACCAAGCACGAGCAUCUGAACUGGCAUGCACAGACGAUCGAAAAAUGCUUUAGUACGCUAUUGUUGCUACAGAUGUUACUGUGUACCAUCGAAAUAUGCUUUCAAGGUUUCUUGUUCUUCAACGUAUUGAUUAAAAACGAAAAUGGAAUCUUCAACUUUCAACUGGUUUUCUUUGUCCUCUUCGUCUGCUUCAUCCUUGUACACGUGUAUCUGUAUUGUUACAUAGGCGAGAUGCUUCUCAUUCAAAGUAGAGAAAUGAGCAAUAGCGCGUACGAAUCGAAUUGGUACAACGUCUCACCUUCUCAAACCAAAUGUCUUCUAUUCAUCAUGAACCGGUCCACUCGUCCACUUUGUUUGACUGCAGGCAAAUUUGGUAUCUUCUCUAUGGAACUGUUCAGUACCAUUCUGAAAACAGCGAUGGGAUACCUUUCGGUGUUACUAACAGUUGCAAAUAACGAUUAGACUUGUUUAUCCGUAGUCAAGUUGCAAACUCAUCUUUAGAAUACGUACCCUGAUCUGUACGAUUGCUCAUCUACAAUUAUUUGAACGAAAUGUUAUCACAGUUACGACACAUCACGGUACCGUAUGUAAAACUUGAGCGUAUUAAACGUUACAACACAAGACUAACCGAGAAAGUGAAUAUUCUCUACAUCACAAAAAG